AUGGCGGAGUGGGUGAAAGAAACAGACGAAGAGGGAAACAUUUUGCAAACAAAGAAGUACGAUGGGAAGUACUACGUCAGUCAUUUUAUUGGCAAUAUUAAGGACCAUCUGUCUGCAAUAGAGGAAAUGGAAGUCAGAGAUGAUGAUACAUUUUUAUUAUCCUACCCAAAAUCAGGCACACACUGGGUUUUUACUAUAGCCAGUAUGUUACGAACCAGAGACACAGCCUAUCAUGGAUCACCUAUGUUUAUGGACUUUAAUGAAAUGGAAACAUUAAACAAUAUGCCAUCUCCCCGAAUACUAGCCACCCACAUGACUUUUGAUCGUCUACCUCGGCAAGCCAGAGAAGGAAAAGGAAAGAUACUUGUUGCACUUCGAAACCCAAAGGAUGUCGCAGUAUCCCUGCAUACAUUCGUCAAGAAGCUAGACCAUUCUGACGUCAUCGCAACUUGGGACGGACUCCUAAAAUUCUACGUUGAAGGAAAAAUGGUGUAUGGCUCCUGGUUUGAAAAUAUACAUGCUUGGGAUAAAACCAAGAAGGAACACAAGGGAGAUAACUUAAUGUUUCUCAUCUACGAAGAAAUGAAAAAGGAUCUGCACUCGCACGUUCAAAAGAUGGCUGCUUUUCUUGAAGUCAAUACCGAAAAGGAAUUUGUGGACUUGGUGACACAUAAGUGUACAUUCAAGAAUAUGGUUGCAGAGGCAACGAAUUCAUUCAAGCCAUCUGAUCAGUGGAAGACUGCCACAACCAGUAAAACACUACCAAUUUACAGGAAAGGGGAGAUAGGUGAUUGGAAAAACCAUUUUACGGUAGCACAAAAUGAAUAUUUCGACAAAAUAUAUGAAGACAAAAUGAAAAAUUCCAGUUUUCAUUUUAUGUUUGAGUAA